AUUACGAUUGUAAUCCACCUCAUCCUGAUUGACAUCAACCCUAAAGACGCCCAACAGUGGCAUAAUCUUGCAGGGGAAUAUCCCUGGAACACGCCAAUGCCCUUUGUGUUCGGGAAGGGUACAAGAUCAGCGCACGCGGACCGCCGUAGUGCCAGGCAGCAAAGCCUGAAGGCCGUGGCAGCGCACGCCAAAUUCCUGGAAUCCUGGUUUACAUACUCUCCUCCAGACUCACCUGCCGAGUCUAGCAACACAGACACCCCAGAAAUGGGUCGAACAAAACCAAAGACCCCGAGGGCAGGAGUGCCUAACAAGGCAAGGGACAUAGGCGCACUACUAAAAUGCACGCCAAGGUCUAAAAUUAAGGACCAGGCCGACAUGGAGGCCUCCAUGGGUCAAUCAGAGGACGAGACAGCACCAGCUGGGUCUCGAGUACUCGGGCCCAAUGAUAGACAACACCCGAACCUAGCCACCAAAGAUGACAUAACGAGAAACUCAGGAAACUCUUCGACGCCGAUAUGGCACUGA